GAUAAUGCCCAAGAAGUGGACCAAUGUUUUGGUGACCGUCGGCAGCACUCGUUUCGACAAAUUGAUUGAUGCCAUCACUGAUGAGGACACUCUUGACCUGUUGCGGUCGUUGGGCUGUCAGCACCUGACCAUUCAGUUCGGGUCAUCCAGUUGUCCAUCACUUGAUUCCAGCAAAUUUGGUAUUAAUAUC